UUUUAACAUUUGAUGUUACACCACCUUUGGAAAUACACCUACAACACUAGCAAGGCUCUACCUCUAGAAUAAAUAACGAGAUGGGGACUGCACAAUACCACAGUUGUUAGAAAUGCCAGUACUCCUGAAUUGUAUGAAAUCGCUGCUAUGGAUCCACUUUCACCUGACCCAGAGACUAGACAAGGAUCAAUUUCAAGCACUGGAGCAAUGGUGGCAUAUUCAGGAAGAAGAACAGGGUAAUCAAGUGAUUGAUUAAUUUAAUUUAGUCGAUCACCAAAGGACAAGAGAAUAGUCUUAGAUGAAGUAACUGAGUAAGAAAUUUGGUGGGGAGAUGUUAAUAUUCCAAUUCCAAAGAAAUCUCACAAUUUAUUGGAAUAAAUUGCCCUUUAGUUCCUGAACACAAGACCUAGAGUAAGAAUAUAGUUUAAAUGAAUAUAGUUAUUUGUGGUUGAUGGAUAUGCAGGAUGGGAUCCUCAUAGUCGUCUCAGAAUUCGAGUAUUUUGUACUAGAGCUUAUCAUGCAUUAUUUAUGUAAAAUAUGCUCAUAAAUCCAACAACUGAAGAAUUGAAGAGAGAUUUUAGUGAUGAUGUUGAUUUUCACAUUUUUAAUGCUGGUCCCAUGUCAGCCCCAAAAUUAGUUUAAGGUGUAGGUUCAGAGACUUGUGUUUCUGUCAAUCUCACAGACAAAAAGAUGGUCAUUAUGGGAACUUAAUACGCAGGAGAAAUGAAGAAGGGAGUUUUCGGAGUUACUCAUUAUAUGUUACCUAAAUAAGGAAUUCUCACUCUUCAUAGUUCUGCCAAUGAGGGUAUGAAUGGAGAUGUAACAUUAUUAUUUGGAUUGAGUGGAACUGGUAAAACUACUCUAAGUGCAGAUCCUAAAAGAAAAUUGAUUGGGGAUGAUGAACAUGGAUGGUCUGAUCAAGGUAUUUUCAAUAUUGAAGGUGGAUGUUAUGCUAAAUGUGUAGAUUUGAGUUGGGAAAAGGAACCUGAAAUUUUUAAUGCUGUAAAGUAAAAUUCAUAAUAAUUUCUAGGUUUGGAGCAGUUUUAGAAAAUGUGGAAUUUAUUAAUAAAGAAUCUAGAGUAGUCGAUUAUCAUAACAUUUCCAUUACUGAAAAUACCAGGGUCUCCUAUCCUUUAGACUUUAUUCCUGGAGCCAAAAAUCCUGCUGUUGGUAGUCACCCCAAGAAUAUCUUUUUCCUUACCUGUGAUGCUUAUGGUGUUUUGCCACCUGUAUCCUUAUUGACUCCAGAAUAGGCUAUGUAUCAUUUCAUUUCAGGAUACACAGCAAAGGUAUAUUGAUUCUAAUCCCAUUAGGUCGCUGGUACUGAGAUGGGAGUCAAGGAACCAGUUGCAACUUUUUCAGCAUGUUUUGGUGAAGCCUUCUUACCAUUACAUCCAACUAUUUAUGCCACUAUGUUAGCUGCUAAAAUGAAGGAACAUGGAACCAAAUGUUGGUUAAUCAAUACUGGAUGGUCAGGUGGAAAAUAUGGCAUUGGAAAAAGAAUGUCUCUCAAAAACACAAGAGCAAUUAUUGAUGCUAUUCAUAGUGGAGAAUUAGCCAAUGCAGAAUUUGAAAAUUUUGAGGUCUUCAAUCUCCAAAUUCCCAAGAGAGCUACUGGAGUGCCUGAUUAAAUACUUCAUCCAAAAAAUACUUGGAUGUAUAUUAAAAUCAUUAAUUUUUAAUAGAAACAAAAGUGAGUUUGACAGAACAUUAAGAAAUCUUGGGGAUAAGUUCAAGAAGAAUUUUUAAAAGUAUCAAAGCAAAGCUUCUGAAGAAGUUAUAAAUGCUGGACCAAAAAUCUGAG